GGUUGAGCAAAAUACACAGGAAGAAGUUUUUUGUCGUUCCCCCGGGAAGAACGCAAGUGUUCAGGUGGCAAUACGAAGGUUUGCAUCUUCAUCAAUUAGCUAUCAGCUGUCCGUUUGCAGCCUUGUAACAGACAGAGUGAUUUGAUCUGGUAACCAAAUGUCUGCCUCAGUGCACGCGGAAGGAGAUGAUCUUCACGAUGUCCUCUAUGCGGACGCUACGGCGCCAGCAUUCAGCUGGCCUGGCGCUGACGUCUCUAGUACUGCUGUUGUUGUUGAUCCACACGGUGCAGUAGGUGGUCCUUAUUUCGCUGCGCCGGAACAAGCAGGGGGUGGGGGCCACGGCGGCCAAAAAACUACCGUACAAAACCUAUCAAGAGGAAAAAUUCCCCCUCCCCAUAUCGAAACGAAGUUUCUGAUGCUGGAUUUCCGUACACAAAUCAGAUUUGUCUUGCAGUAGAGGACUGCGGGCAUAUGUCAAGCCUCGGCCGACGGGUUUUGACGUAGGCGCCUAGCAUGACAAACGUGUAUGCUCUAAGCCCAACAGCAUCACAAACCGCCUGCAAAAUCGAGGGGGGUCUCUGGACUUGCCUUCUUGCAAGACAGACAAGAUUUGAGGUCACAAAUGUGCAUCACAAAUUUUCAGACGGAUGCGUUUUCAAUAUGGGGAGGGGGGAUUUUUCUUUACGAUAAAACCUCGAAAACCGCCCUCCCCCAGUGGCAACGCACGACUACGCCUCGUCUGGAUCCUUGUUCGCGCCCCCGCAAACCGCAAAGGAGUGGGAGAGCCUGCAAAUCAUGCGUGGCUACCAGGGGCCUCCAGGGGUAUGAUUCGAUACAUUUGUCAUACAAAGAAAGUAGUUAGUACAGUCGUGGCGAGAGAACAAGAAAAAUCUAUUGUUCAUAGAUAAUUUUCGACCCCGGCGACCAUACAGCCAAAAGCCCAUCGGCGCGUUUUCGAAAUCUUUCGUGCCACGAAAUUUUUUUACCCGUAGUACUUACCCAGACGAAAACAACUCGUGUGUACAAAUUUCACCUAUACAACCCCGACGACAACAAGUGUACUACGGCUUCCUAUCUCGGAGGUUCUUACCCCCAACUGUAAAAUCAGUUUUUUCAACAUCGUAUUGCACGUUCUACCGAUGCUGUGCCCUGUGAACAUAAACAGAGGACAAUAAGUGAAUUUGGUGUAUAAAGUUACAGUAACUGAUCGCAUCGACUAAAAGUGGUCCUCGUGCAGCAAACAAGGCUUUUCAAAACCGACACCUCCAACGAAC